AUGUCUGCUUUACGUGCUUCUGCUGCUGCUAAAUUAGACUGGACCAAAGUCAUUUCCAAACUUGGUUUAACCGGUAACACUGCUGCUUCUUUAUCAGCUUUCAAAAAGAGAAAUGAUGAAGCUCGUCGUUCAAUUGUUGAAUUAAAAGCUCAACCAACUGAUGUUGACUUCUCUCACUACAGAUCGGUUUUAAACAACCAAGCUGUUGUUGAUGAAAUUGAAAAACACGUCAAAGCUUACAAACCUGUCACUUAUGACGUUGCUAAACAAUUGAAAUCAAUUGAAGCUUUCGAAGCUAAAGCCGUUGAAAACGCUACUGCCACUGAAGAUGUCGUUGCUAAAGAAUUGGCCGACUUACAAAAAACUUUAGCUAACAUUGAUGCUGCUAGACCAUUCGAUCAAUUAACCGUUGAUGAUGUUGUUAAAGUUAGACCAGAUAUCGAUGAUAAGGUUGAAUUGAUGGUUUCUAAAGGUAAAUGGGCUGUUCCAGGUUACAAAGAAAAAUUCGGUGAUCUUAAUGUUAUGUAGAUUGAUGGUUAAAUCAAUCAUUCAUAAACUGAAAGAAAAUUGCAUAAUUACAAUAAAUUCCAAGAUAACAAACUGUGAUUUAUUUCUAUACACCUAAAAU